GAGAUUUCAAUACAGGAAACGGAGAAGGUCAAAAAUUAAACAUGGCGGCUCGCAGCAUGUUUAGAUCUGUUUGGUUGUCGUUUGCGGGCUUAAAGCUUUGUGCUACUGGCACCAACUCAAAUCCAGUUUUAAUGAGAAAUGCUCCCCUACUCUCCGCUUUAGCCAUCCAGAGCAGAGGGAUCCGCGAAGUGACCGAGACGAAAGACGGUAAUACAACAACGAUUGAAGGUAAAAUCAUACACACACCUGAAAUACCCCAGCCUCCAAAUCCCUCAGCCAAGUGUCCGAUCUACAAAUGGAACCUACAGCACAAAUACACCUACACUGAUGUUUUGUUGCUCAGUCAGUUCGUUAGGUCAGAUGGAGGGAUGCUGCCCAAACGAAUCACUGGUCUUUGCCCUGAGGAGCAUCGCAAGAUUGCCAUUUGUGUGCAGAUGGCUCAAAGAGCAGGUUUGUUUCCUGACCACAGACCCAAACUUCCAGAGGGUCACGUCCCAAAGAAGUCCAAGCCCCAUUUUAACAGGUACUUGACUCGCUGGUCCAUUAAGUCCGUAAAACCCAUCUAUAAAAGAGGAUUGAAGUGGCGUAAGAACCUCAUGGAUGUAGGUCACCCAGCACUUAAAAACAAUGUGCGUUAUACUGGAAGGCCCCUCUGCUUUAAACAGUGAAAGACAGAAGGCCGGAAAAAUCAGCACAUCUGCUGACAGAGGAUGAAGAGAAGGUUAGGCUCAUUUAUCUGCAGCAUACCCGGAUUUAUGUCAUAAUGACGUGCAAGACCAAGCAACUGUCUUUAUUCAAACUUGUGUUUAUUAAUCUGCGUCAGUCUUUAAUAAACUAUAAUCAACCACACCCAGAAUCAUCUAUCCGUUGUUUAAAAAAAGGCCUUAAGUAAACUUGCUGAUAACUUUAAUGUGAGCAACGACUGGGUUCAGUGAUACUUUUUCAAAGUAGGUGGUAUUUUGACUGUGUAAACUCAAGACAAGACAUGUUUAAAUAAAAUGUGCAUGUUUACUCUGCCUCUCAGCGUGUUUACUGUGUAACAAUAGCUUUGGUGAAAGAACUAAAAAGCAGAUAAGCUUGUAGACACAAACUGUUGUGGAAUUGACCACUUUUGGUCAUUUGAAGAUUAAAAAAAAAGAAAAAUGCAGCGUAAAGGAAAGACAGGAUGUUUGGUUUGUUUACAGCAUGAA